GGGCGCCACGAGAGUAUGACGAGGGUGUACAAGCUGGUGUGGCGGGUGCUGCACGCUCUGCUCUGCCUGCACCGCAUGCUCACCUCCUGGCUCCGUGUUUGGUCCGGCACCUGGAACUGGAUCUGGUGGCGCUGCCGUCGGGCCGCCUCCGCCGCUGUCCUAGCGCCGCUCGGCUUCACGCUCCCCAAGCUCCUGGCUGUCGCAGGAGGUAGGAACCGCCGUCACCACCGGCAUCCACGCGGGGGGCCGACCCCGGCCGCCGACCACCCGCGGCUACGCUGGCGCGCGGACGGCAGUUCCCUGGAGAAGCUGCCUGUGCACAUGGGCCUGGUGAUCACCGAGGAGGAGCAGGAGCCCAGCUUCUCGGACAUCGCAAGCCUCGUGGUGUGGUGUAUGGCCGUGGGCGUUUCUUACAUUAGCUUCUACGACCACCAAGGUAUUCUCAAAAGAAAUAAUUCCAGAUUGAUGGAUGAAAUUUUAAAACAACAGCAGGAACUCCUGGGCUUAUAUUGUUCCAAAUACUCACCAGAGUUUGCAAAUAGUAAUGACAAAGAUGAUCAAGUUUUAAAUUGCCAAUCGGCAGUGAAGGUGCUGUCCCCAGAAGAUGGAAUAGUAGAUAUUGUGAGAGCUGCUCAAGACUUCUGCCAGUUAGUAGCUCAGCAGCAAAAGAAAUGCACAGAUUUGGAUGUAGAUAUGUUAGACAGUUUACUUAGUUCAAAUGGUUUCCCUGAUCCUGAUUUAGUAUUGAAGUUUGGUCCUGUGGACAGCACACUAGGCUUUCUUCCCUGGCACAUCAGGUUGACUGAGAUUGUCUCUUUGCCUUCCCACCUGAACAUCAGUUAUGAGGACUUUUUCUCUGCCCUUUGUCAAUAUGCAGCCUGUGAACAGCGUCAGGGAAAGUAGCGAUCCCUGGUUGUGUAAUUUGAUUUCAGGCUUUUGGAGAAAAGGACUCAAGUGACUCUGAUGUUUACAAAACACCUAUGAAACCCUGUACACAUCUAGUUCAUAAUCCUCAUAAUUUAUCAACAAACACAAAAAAGUGUCUUACUUGAGAGUAAGAGUACAUGUAUGAGUGUGUAUGUGUGCGUGUGUGCAUGUGCAUGCGUGUGUGGAAAUAAACUUAUAAAUGGGGGAAGUAUUGGAGGAGGAAAUAUGUGGACUUGCACCUUUGAGCAAAUAGCAGCGAUGUUUUAGGAGCUGAAAUUUCAGAUUUACACGCUUCAGCCCCAACUACUUCCCUUUUUUGUGGGGAGAGAAAGGGGUGAUUAAAGCUGUUUUGUUGUUGUUUGGUGG